AAAACUAUAAAAUGAAUAUUUUGUUCAAAUACUUUGUUUUCUUAAAAAAAAAAAAAAAAAGGAAAUUGUCCCUGAUAUAACGACAAACUGGCAGGUUCUCGUUUAUAUGUCAGAAAAGAAAUAAACGUUUUAUUUCAACGGUGUCGUUUUCAGUGGACGCCCAAGGCAGUCAAUUCUGGUUUCACCGGCGAUCUCUUGUUGGAUAUUUUAAUAAUAAAAAGACGUGAAAAUAUAAAGCAAGCUUUCAAGAAUCAGAAUUUGAACACAGAAAUCCUAACUUGUUUCUUUGUCUGUGAUAUAUAUAUAUAUAUAUAUAUAUAUAUAUAAUGCCCAAAAUGAAAUUCCAUAUACUUUGCUUCUCUCUUUUGAUGAGCACUUUCUCUCUGAUUUGUGUCACCAAAUCAUCAUCUUCUUCGGUUUCUCUCCUUGGAAUUCCCCCUCAAGAUGAGGAUUACUUCAAACCGGAGUUUAUAAAGUGCAAGAAUGGAUCCAAGAAGUUCACUAGAGCUCAACUCAAUGAUGAUUUUUGCGACUGCCCUGAUGGCACUGAUGAGCCUGGAACGUCAGCAUGUCCACAAGGAAAAUUUUAUUGUCACAAUGUCGGGCAUCUUCCUAUUUCAUUACCUUCUUCAAGAGUUAAUGAUGGCAUCUGUGAUUGCUGUGAUGGGAAUGAUGAAUAUGAUGGUAAAGUGAAGUGUCGAAAUACAUGCUGGGAGGCUGGAAAAGUAGCCAGGGACAAAUUGCAGAAAAAGAUUGACAUGUAUAAAGAAGGUGCUACCUUACGGAAAAAGGAAAUUGAACAAGCAAAACAAGCAAUAGCCAAUGAUGAAAAGGAAUUGUUGAAGCUGAAAAAUGAAAAGAAAACUCUUAAAAUACUUGUUAAACAGCUCAAGGCGCAUAAGGAGCAAAUUGAGAAGGCAGAGGAAAAAGAACGCCUAGAGAAAGAUAAAGAAGAGAAGACCAAAAAAGUUUCAGCUGAUAAAGAUGAGGCUGGAGAUAAAUCUGAUAAUGACCAAAAAGGAAGCUUCAGCUCUAGCAAUGAUAACAUCAGGCUAUCAAAUGAAUCGACACUAGAUAAGCAGGAGAAGGAUGAAUACGAAAAUAUGGAGAGCUUAUCAAAUGAUGCAUCUGAAAGUACUGAGGGGUUGUCUAGAGAAGAGCUAGGUCGGCUUGUUGCUUCCCGCUGGACAGGAGGAAAAGCUGGAAGCGAGGCAGAUGGUUUUGGUUCUAAUAAUAACCGUGGAGGCAGCACUGAGACUUCAGAGAGCACUAAUUAUGAAGUUUACGAUAACAAUAAUGACAAGAAAUCAUCUAUAGGAAAUGAUCUCGACAGUUCCAAAUCCAAGUACAAGUCUCAUUUAGAAGAACAAAAAGAUUUAUCUGGGAAAAAUACUUUGGGUAGCUCAUCAUGGUUGGAAAAGAUAAAAGAUACUGUUCGAAACAUUUUGGACUUGGUUAAUGUUUCUCCACCUCCUGUAGAUAAAUUAGAUGCAGAUCAUAUUAGGAAGGAGUAUGAUGAUGCCACUACAAGACUGUCUGAUGUUGAGGCAAAGAUAUCAACUUUGACAGAAAAGUUAAAACAUGACUUUGGUACAGAGAAGGAAUUCUAUAGAUUGUAUGAUCAAUGCUUUGAAACCAAGCAGGACAAGUAUGUGUAUAAAGUUUGCCCAUUUAAAGAAGCAACCCAGGAGGAGGGCUACCAUAAAACCCAACUAGGGGAGUGGGAGAAAUUUGAGAACUCAUACCGCAUCAUGUUGUUUUCAAAUGGACAGGGAUGCUGGAAUGGACCUGAGAGAAGCUUAAAGGUCAAGCUUAGGUGUGGACUGAAAACAGAGCUAACUGACGUUGAUGAGCCCAGCCGCUGCGAAUAUGCAGCUUUGAUGACGACACCUGUCCUUUGUCUAGAAGGAAAACUUGAGGAAUUCAAACAUAAACUUCAAGCUAUGGACAAAGAAGAACAACCAGAUAGCCAUGAUGAAUUGUAGGAUGCUCAUAACCAGUAGCAUAUGCUCCAGGGUCUUUGACUGCAUUCUCUUUAGUUCGUUGCAUGAAACAGCUGCACAUCUUAUUCUUGAAGAUUUGAUCAAAAUGUUGCAGCAGACUGCUCAAAAUCAUCUACACAAGUCCCUCAUCAAGCCUCCAAAUUGAGCUUAUUGCUACAUGUGGCCAAGAAACUAGUUAGAGAUUUUUAUGGAGGGAUCAUACAUGUAGUGUAACUGAAUGCCAUUAAUCAUUUUAGAGCGGCUUUAGAAUUCUCCAGAGGCAUGUAAUAGUACCAGAGAGUUGUGGCUCAAUGAGAUGAAAAUCAUCUUUUUUGGACCAACAGGCUUUACUAGCGUAGCAUGUAAAUCAAAUGCAACAAAUUUUGGAAAAGCUGUGCUCAUGUCAAAUUUUGCAUAUGCACAGAUCAUUUGCUAGCAAACCUAAAAUUAAAUUAGAAUUUGUUGA